AUGGACUCUGCUCGGGUCUAUAUAUGGCUUACAAUGCCUGACAAGGCGAACGCCACUAACUUCGGCCUCGUUGGCACACCGGCCACGGUUGCUAAAGACAAGUUGCUCGGAGACGACGUGUUGCUUGGCACAUUUGGCGACAAGAUAAAGGAGCUGGUGGCCACCGCAUGCGACGAAGAGACGGCAGAUAACCCGGGUGCGAACCUGGACAUCAAAGCACUACACACACUGCCACAUGGGAACUCCUGGGAUCACAGAGCUGGUAUAACACUUGUCGGUGAUGCGGCUCACCUGAUGCUCCCGAACGGAGAGGGCGUCAAUAUUGCCAUGUAUGACUCGCUGUUGUUGUCGCAAGCUAUCAUCAAGGCAUACGGGAGGGCUGGGAAAGAUAUUGAAUCGUUUAACAACAUAUUGAACCCAUUGUUGAAGGAGUUUGAGGUGGGUAUGAUGGAACGUGCAAAGGAAGCAGGCAAGGAUACGGAUAUUUUGAUUGGUAAUAUGUUCGGGACAGACGAUGCAGCAUUUGACCUAGUCAGUUUCUUCCAAAGUGUGCAGCAACAGCAGGGCAGUAAGGAACAGUAA